AUGACGGUGUUCGGCCACACAGGAGGAGGUGGUGGUUUCCUAGCCGGAAAACAGGUGUUUCCGGUGGACUAUGAAGCGGAGGUAUCUCAACGCCUUCUCGAAUCUUCGCACUGUAAUGAUCUGAAAUCGGCGUUGGAAUGUAUAUCCGAUCCGUUCGUCGACGUUAACUUUACCGGCGCUGUGUGCUUGAAGGUUCGAAAGACGGAGGUUGUGUUGCGGGACGAAUUGCCGAACGAAGUUCGAGUCGAGUACGAAGAGUUCAGGACCGACGUUACGGCAUUGUUCCUCGCUGUUCAUACCGGAAAUGUGACUCUCGUGAGAAAACUCCUG